UUGAGAAAUCCGUGGAUCGGUUACGCGACGUGUAUCCUUCCCGUUUCCUCCAAAGUAAAAACCGAGAAGAUGAACGACGUGAUGGGAGAGGCAUCCAGUUCGAUCGCGGCGAGCAACGUCGCUGCGAAUGCUGCCAGUGCUGGCAGCGGCAGCGGGAACAACAACAAUGGGAAAGCGUCGUCUAGCAUCGGGGCCGCAGCGGUGACUGGGAACUGUAGCGACAGAAUCAGCGCAGCAGUUACCAAAGUUCUUCAGGGGUACGAUUGGUCCCUAGUACCUGUUGCUACCAAGGGUUCCGGCGACAAAAGAGCGACUCACGUCAAGAGGCCAAUGAACGCGUUUAUGGUGUGGGCUCAGGCUGCCAGGAAGAUCCUAGCCGAUCAGUAUCCCCAACUUCACAACGCGGAGCUGUCCAAGACGCUGGGGAAGCUUUGGCGAGUACUCUCGGACACGGAAAAGAAACCGUUCAUCGAGCAGGCAGAUCUUCUUCGAGUGAUCCACAAGCGCGAGCAUCCGGACUACAAGUAUCAACCUCGUCGUCGGAAGCAAAACGGGCCGUCGGGCAGAGAAGCCUCGCCCUCGAGGAGCCAGAGCAACGUCACCUUCAACGUGUCCAGGUCGUUGAAGCAAGAAGACGCCAGUCCACGGGGUGGCCCGAACUCUCCGCAGAGCGGAGUCAGCUCUUCUCCCCCGACUACUCCCAACCAAGGAUUGUGUCCGCUCACUCCGCCGGCCACUCCGCGUGGACAACAGCACUACGCGGCGAAUCAGGUAACGGAACGGGCGAAUCAACCGGCGGCGAAUCAACCGGCGGCACAGAAUAGCGGGAACAGCACCACGGUCUAUCAGCACGAGGUGGCGAUCGGUUCUUCGAGCGAAUCGGCCCAACAGCCUGGCGUCGACUUUCGCUACAUCGAAGUCGGGGAGGGGCUGCCGAUCGAGGAGGGCCUCGGUCUCAACCUUCCGCUGAAUCUGCAAGAGUGCGAGGUCGAGAGCAACGAGCUGGAUCAGUACCUUCGGCCUCAGAUGCCGCCGACGGUGCACGCAGCUUCGACCGGCACCAGCUCCUCCCAGUGGAUAUUCAACAGAUACGACGAAGAGAUGGAGCGACCGAACAAGAGACACUGCGCGGAACAGCCGAUCGGCGAGCCGUCCUGGGAGGACAGGGCCCAAACGGAGAUCGUCCGAUAUCACGAACGCGAUUCGUAUUCCGGCAACGAGUUAGACGAGGAUAGCGAUAGUGCUGUGCGUUAG